GCGGAAGCCAGGGGCUGACGGGAAGGUACAUUCGCCCCUGAGAGACUGACCAGAGAGCAGGGGCUUCUGGGAGUUUACCCCCCACAGUCUACAGGGAGGAAAGGGCCAAGCAAGGGAACGCUGGCUUACGAAAGAAGUUGAACCUCUCGUCAGGAGGAAGGAGGAGGCUUCGGUGACGAUAAGACAUGACGGCUCAGUUAGGGGGCUAGGAAGGACCUAAGAGCAGCCAGGAGGGGACAUGAGACAUCUUUGGCAGGUUUUCUGCCUCGUCCAUUUUUUGUUUUGCUUUGGUUUUGAAGUAACGCUCGAACCAGCCGGCACCAAGUCUGGAUCUACUGCCCACUGAACGUGCUGCGUGACAUGGAAGGAGGGAAAUCCCACACCUGCCUGGAGUGCGGCCGCAGCUACAAGCACUCCUCCGGCCUACGGAAACACAGGCGCACCCACAGCGGGGAGAGCGCCUGGAAGUGCGGCGACUGCGGGAAGGCCUUCCCCCACCAGUUCCGGCUGGAGAUCCACCGUUCCGUGCACACCGGGGAGCGGCCGUUCGUCUGCUCCGACUGCGGGAAGGGCUUCGUUGUGUCAGCCCAGCUCCUGAGGCACCAGCAGGUGCACACCGGGGAGCGGCCGUUCGUCUGCUCCGAGUGCGGCAAGGCCUUCACCCAGCGCUCCUGCCUGCAGAAGCACGGGCGGCUGCACGCCCGGGGCGCCCCGUUCGAGUGCCCCGACUGCGGGCGGCGCUUCGCCAGCCCCGGCAAGCUGGCGCGGCACCGGCCCGUCCACAGCCGGGAGAGGGCGUACGGCUGCCCCGACUGCAGGGCGCGGUUCAAGACGGCGUCGGGCUUCGCCGCCCACCGGCGCCUCCACGCUGGGCAGAGCCCGUUCACCUGCGCCGUCUGCGGGAAGGCAUACAGUGCGUCGACCUACCUGCUGAAACAUCAGCGCCGUCACAGAGCCACUCAGUCCCUGCCCGGCGAGCUGCGGAGCGGCCCUUCGCCCGAGAGCGAGGAGCGGCCCUUCGCCUGCUCCCAGUGCGGCCUGGCGUUCCGGAAGUCCUCCCACCUCGCCGUGCACCGGCGCCUGCACACCGGCGAGCGGCCCUUCAGCUGCCCGGAGUGCCGGAGCGCCUUCAAGUGCUCCGGGGAGCUGCUGUCCCACCAGCGGGUGCACACCGACGAGUGGCCCUUCCCCUGUCCCCAGUGCGGCCUGCGGUUCAGGCGGGAGUCCAACCUGGCCGCCCACCACCGGGUGCACACAGGCGAGCGGCCCUUCGCCUGCCCCCAGUGCGGGAAGGCCUUCACCAGCUCGUCCAACCUGCACACCCACCGGCGGGUCCACGCCAGGGAGAGCCCUUCCCCUGCCCUGAGUGCGGGAGGGCACUCUCCCAGACUGCCCACCUGCUGAGACACCCAGCGAGCUGGGACAACUCGGGACUGAAAGCGUCCCUUGCAGUGGACCAGGCCAGAGUCCUUCGAAACAUUUCGAGAAGGUA